AUGGAUGUAGAAGUGGAGAUUCAGUCUGACGAUGGAGGUCUAUUGGGUUUGGUGCCAGAUAGUUGGCCUCCAGGCCCGGUGAGAAUCGCUGCCGUACUUCCUGACAGCCAGGCCGCAAAGCAUCAGUUACGCGUGGGCGACGAGCUGCGCUGCAUCAAUGGCACCUCGGUGGCAGCGCUGGAGCAUCGAAGCAUGGCCUUGGAACUGGCGAAGAGACCCUUGACGCUGCAGAUUCACCGGCCCAGCUCCAAAAGUGUCAUCAUCGAUGUGCACGUUGGUGCGGAUGCUGGCGCUCUGGGCUUUUUCCCCAAACAUUGGCCGCCGGGACCGGUGGUGGUUGGCGCAGUCCUUCCCAAGAAGAUUGCAGAUGAGCACGGAGUGAAAGAAGGAGAUCUUCUCUGGCUGGUGGGAGGCGCCCAAGCCUCGCUCAUGUCCCCAGCGGAGCUGACGAAGUCCUUGGCCCAGCGGCCGCAGCAGUUGCGCUUCGUCCGCGGAGAUUCCUCGAAGGUGGCCAUGGAGAUUUCCAAGGCCAGUAAUCUGCUGGCAUCCUCAUCGGGUGAGAAACCAGAAGGAGCUGCUCAUGAAGGUGGUCUGUUCCAGCAACUGAGUGACCUGCAAGUGCAGCAGUUGCAUCUGCAACAGUUGCAACACCGGAAGGAACAAGAGACGCAAUUGAAGUUGCCUGGAAAAGACAAAGACUGGCUGUCCCUCUUGGAACGCCAGAAGGAUGAAAAGUAUGCCAUGCAAUCGAUGCAACGCGAGCAUUUGAGUCAGUUGGGUGAAUCCUUGCAGCAUCACCAAGACCUCCUGGGCGCGUUGGAUCGCGACGAAGGCACCGGCUACGGCUCCGGCCCCGCGCUGCCGCCGCUGAAGAUCCGCGCGGCGCCUGGCGCAGCCAUCCGGAAACCGCCCAAGCCGCCGGCCCUGGGGCGUAGGAGCCGGGAGGAAGCUGAAAAGAUGGAGGAGCAGCAGGAGGAGCCUGAUAAGAUUGAAGAGAAGAUGGAAGAACCCGAGCUUCAAUCGCAGAACGAGGAGGAAAAGCAGGAGAUCGAAGAUAUUGAAAAGCAGAGAGAGCAAGAAGAAGAGAAGUCCGAAGAGAUUCCAGAGCAGAAACCAGAAGGGAAGCAGGUUCCUGAAGAAUUUCAAGCUGACAAGCCAAAACUCUGCCAAGAGCUAUCAGUUGACCAGACAACCCAAACAGGGACAGUUCCUCCGCCACAAGACGAACAGCCAUUUGGUCCAUCUCCCGUUGCCACUGAAUUCUCAGGUUUGAAGCCUUUGAGUGCUCUGGAACCACAGAUGUCACAGUUUGAUUUGCCUAAGACCAGACAGCGCCAACUGCAAGUCCCCGCGCCACCGAACCAACCGCCACUCCCGGGUCUGGUGGAACCGUCUGGCCCUCAGCUGGCAGCACAGCGACGUUUGCGGGAGCUUCCGCCGCCUGACAGACCGCCCAGUGCGGAAAUGAUGGCAGACACCUUCAGGAGCAACACUGAUGGCAACUCACUGAUUGUCCCAUCCCAACAGAGUCGACAGACGGAAGCAUCACUGGAUAUCAAUGAGCUACAGAGUUGGCUCGCAAGAUCAUCACUUUCAGCCGAUGCCGUGAUCUUCUGUGAUCAGGGGACCAUGAGGACCAAGGGGCUUGGAGGUCAUUUGACGAAGGUGAAAAGGAGGACCAAACAUCGGUGGCUCAAGGGUGUUUCGCUUCUGCCAGAGAUGCUAACCAUGGAGGAAGCGCCAGAGGAAAUGGAGGCGCCGUGUGCCUCCCUUCCCAUGGAGGCAGUUGCUGAGAUCAUUGACAAGAUUGUGGAGCGCGGAGGGCAGAUAUUGUCCGACAAAGAACUUCAACGACAAGUCAUCCACAAUGCUUGGGAGGUGACGAAGGAGGUGACUUGUUCCCGGCUGCAAAUGUGCUUUGUGCCACACGACGAGGAGCAAAACACCUGGCUGCUGGAUGAGGAGCCUCCGCCUCCUAUGAAGGAUGUUUGGGGAAGGAAGCAAAUAGAGGUUUUCAAGGAGCCUCCCAAGGUCUUGGACGAGGAGCGCAAAAUUGAUCCGCGUCAUAUCAGGAGGAGGAAGACGCGAGCCAAAAUCUAUGCCCCAGUGAGACUUGCCAAUCGCAGACAGUCUAUGUUGCUUCACAGAACGCGAGUCCUCCCACUCUCCGACACCCCGGUUGACGACCGGGACCCUGAUGACCCCCUGCGUCAUGAGUGGCUGCAGCGAUAUGCACAAAGGUUGGCCCAGGCGGAGGCCAUCAGCCGCUGGGAGGAAGAGGAGUUGAGACGUGAAGAGCAAAGGAGGCAACAAGAGAUGAAGGUGUUUAAAAGAGAAAUCGGAGAGCUUGGCAACUCGGAGGGCCUUGGACAUGCUCCAGAGAAUGCCAUUCCGCCUGAUGAAAUGGAGAGGCUUCUAAAGAUGAACGCCUCCAUUCAAUUUGAUGUAAAGAGCUGCAAGGUGACUCCACGCGAUGUGACGGAGGCUGCGAAGAGCAGUGGCAUCUCUGUUCAGGACAUCUCCAAGGCAGACUCCCAUGCGACUGAGGCUUCAGCGGUUUCAGUGCCUAGAGGUGAAAAGGGGCUUCGAAGUGACGGUUUUAUUAGGUCGGAGUGUAUUCAACCGAGUCCCUUGCAAACCAUGCGAGUUCAACCUGGUGUCGUGCUCGAGUGCCAAGGAAGGAAAAAGGCUGGGCCAAAAGUGCCAUAUGACCCGGCGCACCCUGCUUGGAAGGUCUACAAGGGCUUCGCUCCACAGGAGAUACCGAUAGCGUCCAGGGAGUUGGAACUGGAUAUCCCCGAGUUGGAGUCAAGUUUGGGUUUUGACAGCGAGGCUAAGGACCUCAUCGUUGACGCUCCUCACUCGUAUCGCAGGGAGGAAGCACCGGAUUGGCGGUCUCGUCUUCCCUCACGGCCCGCCAGCGCCCAUGCCAUCCUCGGCACACCGGCCUCAGCGCUGAACACGGCGUUUGAACUCUUGGACCAAGGAAGGACUGGCGUUACCUAUUCCAAAGUUCAAGGACUGUUAGCACCCCCAUCACAAAAGGACUCAGUUUUGCCUCGGCGUUCGGAUCGCGCUGGUACCAACUCUGGUUGUGUUCUGGGUGCCUUGCGUUCACAACCGCGAAAUCCGAGGCAGAAGGUUGCUUUGCUGGGGGGACACUGUGCCAACAGUGGAGCUGUUGUUCAACCACCCUUGGGUGCAACUAUGGGUCAUGGCCUUCUUCCAAGCAGUGAAGCCAACCUGCGCGAAGCCGCCAAGAAGGGCGAGUUCUACUAUCCGGCCACUCCUUCGAGGGCUGAGAGGCCACGAGCGAGUAGUGCCAGCUUGAGCAGGACUCGAUCACACGUCUUGGAGCGCCCAAAGUCCACAAAGACGGCCUGGAGGUAGCUGGAGGUAGGGCGGGCAUCUGAAAAUCGCCCAGAAGAUCCUCUCCAAACGGAGAGAGUUUGCUCGCAGGGUCAACCAUCCCCAGCGACG